UUUCUAUUUCGAUUUAUAACUAUUACUCAGCAUUUUUAGUAAAAUACUAGUUAGGACUAAAUAAUAAUACAUUCAUAGACAGUGAUUAAGUUUAGGACACAGACAUAUCAAAGGAUAAUGGCAUCUUAUUUUGAUGAACAUAAUUGUCAGCCAUUAGAAGAAGGACAAACACCUAAUCAUGCACUUCAUUUAGCUAGACUUUUGCUAGACACUGGGUUUGCUGCAGAAUGGGAUAUAGAGUUCAAUAGGUUUUUUGGAAGUGAUGGAAGAGCACCACCAGCUUCCAAGGAAUUUGUUGAUAAACUUCCAACCCAUUCAGUCACACCAACUGUAGCAGCACAAGGAAUAAAGUGUCCUGUCUGUUUGAUGGAAUUUGAUGAAGAUGAUGAAACUAAAGUUCUCCCAUGCAACCAUCAAUUUCACUGUGCCUGUAUAUUGCCGUGGCUAGGAAAAGUGAAUUCUUGCCCCAUGUGUCGUCAGGAAUAUCCAACAGAUGACCCACAGUAUGAAGAAUAUAAAAAACAUAAGGCCAGAGCAAAACAGAGAGAAUUUGAAUUAAGCAAUCUACAUGACUCGAUGUUUGGAUAGAAAUUUUCAGUGUGCAUGUAAUUUUAUGCAACAUUUGUAAUUUUAAAAAGUGGAAGACCCAGUGGCUAAACAGAUUGAAAUUUUCAUGUGUAACAAUUCACAUUUCUCAGUAAGGGGGCUAAUAAUAUUCAAACACUGUUAGAUAAGCUGAACCAAUAGCAUUUGCUUUUUUUCACUUGACAGAUCACAAUGUUCACAGGUGGGUUUGUAGUCAAAUUAAACCAAAUUUUAACCCACUUCUGAUAUUGAAAGACAUUAAACUUUCAAUCUUGUUAGAUAGUCCAGAAUUAAACUACCUAGUCAAAAUCAUGACUUGGACGAACCAUGUUCUUAUGACUUGAUGUCAGUUUUGCAAGAAAAAGAUUAGGCUUUAGAUCAUGUUAUUCAUGUAUGGUGUUAACUUAUUAAAAAAUGCAAAGAAUAAAUA